AUGAGAGAGUUUGUCAACAUUCCACUGGUACAGAUUCUCACUCUGGUUGCUUUCAGCUGGACUGAGAAACUGCCAAAAGCUCCUGUCAUCACCACACCUCUUGAAACUGUGGAUGCCUUAGUUGAAGAAGUAGCUACUUUCAUGUGUGCUGUGGAAUCCUACCCCCAGCCUGAGAUUUCUUGGACUAGAAAUAAAAUUCUCAUUAAGCUCUUUGACACCCGGUACAGCAUUCGAGAGAACGGCCAGCUCCUCACCAUCCUGAGCGUGGAGGACAGCGAUGAUGGCAUAUACUGCUGCAUAGCCAACAAUGGCGUGGGAGGAGCUGCAGAAAGCUGCGGCGCCCUUCAAGUAAAGAUGAAACCUAAAAUAACUCGCCCACCCAUAAAUAUAAAAAUAAUAGAAGGGCUUAAAGCAGUUCUACCAUGUACUACAAUGGGUAACCCCAAGCCAUCGGUGUCCUGGAUCAAGGGGGACAGUGCUCUCAGGGAAAAUUCCCGCAUUGCAGUUCUUGAAUCUGGGAGCUUAAGGAUUCACAAUGUGCAAAAGGAAGAUGCAGGCCAGUAUCGGUGUGUGGCAAAAAACAGCUUGGGGACAGCAUAUUCCAAACUGGUGAAGCUGGAAGUUGAGGAAGAAAGUGAACCUGAGCACGACGCUAAAGUCUUUGCAAGAAUCCUGCGGGCUCCUGAAUCCCACAAUGUCACUUUUGGCUCCUUUGUGACCCUUCGGUGUACAGCAACAGGCAUCCCUGUCCCCACCAUCAGCUGGAUUGAAAAUGGAAAUGCUGUUUCUUCUGGAUCGAUUCAAGAGAGUGUAAAAGACCGAAUGAUUGAUUCCAAACUGCAGCUGUUUAUCACCAAACCAGGACUCUACACUUGCAUAGCUACCAAUAAGCACGGAGAGAAAUUCAGUACCGCAAAGGCGGCGGCCACCAUCAGUGUAGCAGAGCCUCCUCCCUGGUUUCCUAUGGGAAUUUCUUUCCUGUUCAUAGAAUGGAGUAAACCACAAAAAGAUAACAAAGGCUACUGCGCCCAGUACCGAGGGGAAGUGUGUGAGGCAGUUCUGGCUAAAGAUACACUUGUGUUUUUCAACACCUCCUACGUGGACCCAGAAGAGUCCCAAGAACUCCUGGUGCACAGUGCAUGGGAUGAACUGAAGGCAGUGAGCCCACUGUGCCGGCCUGCGGCCGAGGCUUUGCUAUGCCACCAUCUCUACCAAGAGUGCAGCCCCGGGAUGGUACCUACUCCCAUCCCCGUUUGCAGGGAGUACUGCCUGGCAGUAAAGGAACUGUUCUGUGCAAAGGAAUGGCUGGCGAUGGAAGGAAAAGCUCACAGAGGACUUUACAGAUCUGGGAUGCAUCUCCUCCCAGUGCCCGACUGCAGCACCCUCCCCAGCAUGCACUGGGACCCCAUGGCCUGCACCAGACUGCCAUAUCUAGAUUAUAGAAAAGAAAACCUAACAACAUUCCCAUCAAUAACAUCCUCAAAACCAAGUGUGGACAUUCCGAAUUUGCCUUCUUCCUCCUCUUCCUUGGCCGUCUCUCCCGCAUAUUCCAUGACCGUGCUCAUCUCCAUCAUGUCCAGCUUUGCAGUCUUUGCGCUUCUGACCAUCGCUACUCUGUACUGCUGCCGAAGAAGAAAAGAAUGGAAAAACAAGAAAAGAGAGUCAGCAGCAGUAACCCUUACCACACUGCCCUCUGAGCUCCUCUUAGACAGGCUUCAUCCGAACCCCAUGUACCAGAGGAUGCCGCUCCUUCUGAAUCCCAAGUUGCUCAGCCUGGAGUACCCAAGGAAUAACAUUGAAUAUGUCAGAGACAUUGGAGAGGGAGCAUUUGGAAGAGUGUUUCAAGCAAGGGCUCCGGGCUUACUUCCCUAUGAACCAUUCACUAUGGUGGCGGUGAAGAUGCUCAAAGAGGAGGCCUCGGCCGAUAUGCAGGCGGACUUUCAGAGGGAGGCAGCCCUCAUGGCAGAAUUUGACAACCCUAACAUUGUGAAACUCUUAGGCGUGUGUGCGGUGGGGAAGCCUCUAUGCCUGCUCUUUGAAUACAUGGCCUACGGGGACCUCAAUGAGUUCCUCCGCAGCAUGUCCCCACACUCGAUGUGCAGCCUCAGCCACCGCGACUUGUCGAGGGCGCAGAUCUCCAGCCCGGGACCCCCACCGCUCUCCUGCGCAGAGCAGCUCUGCAUAGCCCGGCAGGUAGCAGCCGGCAUGGCCUACCUCUCCGAGCGCAAGUUUGUCCACCGGGAUUUAGCCACCAGGAACUGUCUGGUAGGUGAGAACAUGGUGGUGAAAAUUGCAGACUUUGGCCUCUCCAGGAACAUCUACUCAGCUGACUAUUACAAAGCUAAUGAAAACGAUGCCAUCCCUAUCCGCUGGAUGCCACCCGAGUCCAUUUUCUACAACCGCUACACCACAGAGUCUGAUGUGUGGGCCUACGGUGUGGUGCUCUGGGAGAUCUUCUCCUAUGGCCUGCAGCCCUACUAUGGGAUGGCCCACGAGGAGGUCAUUUACUAUGUACGAGAUGGCAACAUCCUCUCCUGCCCUGAGAACUGUCCACUGGAGCUGUACAAUCUAAUGCGCCUGUGUUGGAGCAAGCUGCCUGCGGACAGACCCAGUUUCCCCAGCAUCCAUCGAAUCCUGGAACGCAUGUGCGGGAGGGCCGAGGGAGCGGUGGGUGUGUGA